AUGGCGACAGCUCCAGUGACCCGAACCCUGACCGGGAUGGCCGCGGCUGCAGGGAUAGGGGUGGGGACCGGGGCAAAUUCGCGACUCCGAGCUCUGGGGGUUUCUCGCAGACUAAGCAGUAGUGCUAGGCGCCGGGGAUCCGGGGGUGCCAGUCCUGGUCGCCGCCUCAGUACUGCCCGGGUCCGGACCCAACCGCCGCGGGAGGAGGCCGAGCGCGGUCCCGAAGAGGCAGCAGGUGACAGGGGACCUCCGCCCGGAGUGGGUCCGCCUGCCGCCGUCACGCUCCCGCGGCCAGCAGCCUCGCCGCCGCAGCAGCCGAAGCUGCCGCCUGCUGUGGCCCCCGCGCUGCGUUCCAGCGGGUCGCUGGUCCAGCGGGACAUCCAGGCGUUUCUGAGUGAGUGUGGGGCCAGUCCCGGGGAGGCGAGGCAUUGGCUCACCCAGUUCCAGACCACCUAUGACUCGGCGGACAAACCUUUUGCCAUCAUCGAGGUGGAUGAAGCUGUGUUCAGGUGCACAGAGGCAGUCCUAAGUCUGGCCUUCGCCCUAGCCUUCCUGCAACGGAUGGAUAUGAAGCCACUUGUGGUUCUUGGACUCCCAGCACCCACUGCAGCCUCUGGCCGCCUUUCCUUCUGGGAGGCCAAGACUCAAAUGGCUCAAAGCUGCAAGAUCCUUGCAGACUCCCUUAGACACAAUGCAGCCACAGCUGUGCCCUUUUUUGGAGGAGGGUCUGUGCUGAGCGCUGCUGAACCUGCCCCCCAUGCCACCUAUGGGGGCAUUGUCUCUGUGGAGACAGACCUGCUAAAAUGGUGCCUGGAGUCGGGUAGCAUCCCCAUCCUGUGUCCUAUUGGCGAGACAGGUGCCCGGCGCUCUGUGCUGCUCAACUCCUUGGAGGUCACUGCCGCUCUGGCCAAGGCCCUGCUGCCCACCAAGAUCAUCUUUCUCAACACCACAGGGGGCCUCCGGGAUGCUCAUGAGAAGGUUUUGAGUAAUGUGAACUUGCCAGCUGACCUGGACUUAGUGACAAAUGCCCAGUGGCUGAACCGCAAGGAGAGGCAGCAAAUUCGGCUCAUUGUGGAUGUGCUGAGCCGACUAUCCCAUGACUCUUCAGCUGUUAUUACAUCUGCCAAUACCUUACUUACAGAACUUUUCAGCAACAAAGGAUCGGGGACCCUCUUUAAGAAUGCCGAGCGGAUGCUCCGAGUAGACAGCCUAGAGAAGUUGGAUCAGACACGGUUGGUGGACCUUGUAAACUCGAGUUUUGGCAAGAAGCUUCGGGAUGACUAUUUGGCCUCUCUUCGACCACGGCUGCACUCCAUUUACUAUUCUGAAGGGUACAAUGCUGCAGCCAUCCUGACUACUGAACCUGUGCUGGGGGGCACCCGAUACCUGGACAAGUUUGUGGUGAACUCUAGCCGGAAAGGCCAGGGCUCGGGCCAGAUGCUCUGGGAAUGCAUGAGGCAGGAUCUGCAUCGACUGUUCUGGAGAUCCCGUGUCACCAAUCCUAUCAAUCCUUGGUACUUUAAGAACUGUGAUGGCAGCUUCUCCAACAAACAGUGGAUCUUCUUCUGGUUUGGCCUGUCUGACAUCCGUGACUCCUAUGAGCUUGUAAAUCAUGCCAAGGGACUGCCCGACUCCUUCUGCAAACCUGCCUCCGACCCAGGCAGUUGAUAAGAACCAUCAACCCUUCAUGCCCCAGCCCAACUGAGGGCACACUCAUGAGCCAUGCUGAGGCAGUGGUCCCCAGGAAGUUAGGAGACAAGCCUAGGCUUGCUGGCUGAGGAUCUUGCAAAGAAGGGGAGAGGUGAAGGCCUUGAGGUCCUUGUACUCUGGGGAGGGGAAGGAGCCAGUGAAGUAGCAGAAACAGGGAGGCUGGCUCAGCUAGAGGAAGUAUGGGUACUGCCAGCUGCUCCAAAGCAACUGGUACCUAUUUCUUUAUCAGCUCCGGAAACCCCUAUCCUAUCAGGGCUCCUAACCCCAGCCAACUGAUAUGUGGGUGAAAUACACGGCCACCUCCGUGUGUGAUCCAAGGCUUCCUGUCCCCAGAUAUCACCCUCGCCUACCCUAAAUUUCGCCAUUUAAGAUAAGUUUUUCCAGUCUUAGGUUUGGUUUCUCUUGAAUCUCCUACUUAAAUUUUUAGCUUUCAGAUUGGGCAAGGUGGGGUGGAAGGAGGAACAAUUGACAAUGAAAGAGAGCAAAGUCCUGAAAGGAUAGGUCACAGAAGAGGUUCUUGGGGUUGGAAAGAAAAAUAGCAAAGUAGAAGCAUUUUCUUUUCUUUUCUUUUUAAAACCCUUACCUUCUGUCUUAGA